CUUUGUUCUGGCAGCGGCUGCGGCUCCGCGGCUCAGUGACCGAUCGCGCGGCGCCGAGAGGACAGGACAGGAGCAGAGUUGUGAGAAAUGGAGACUGACGUGACAAGCAAGGUGUCCCACUGGCAGCAGAGCUAUGUAGACUCUGGGAUUCAGUCGGGAAUGACGACGACUUCCCCAUCACUGAGUGGGAAGGGAAACCCGGAGGAUGACCCAGCCGCGUGGCAAAGCGGAGGAUAUACAGUCACCACGACCACCUACACCAUGCCCCAGCAGCUAGAACUGGAAGAUAAAAUGUCAUUGAGUCGUGCAAACCGCUUGCGAGAGGCUAUGUUCCCAGAAACGCUGGAGAAAGGCACUUAUAUCCUGUCCACUCAGACCGAAGCCAGCCAGCAGACAAACGUACAGAAGCUGUCCGAACCUUCUCAGAUGCUAAAGGCUGCGAUCGUGCAACUCAUCAAUUACCAGGACGACGCUGAGCUGGCCACACGUGCUAUCCCUGAGCUCACCAAACUGCUCAAUGAUGAAGACCAGGUUGUGGUGAGCAAGGCAGCCAUGAUUGUCAACCAGCUAUCUAAGAAGGAUGCCUCGUGCCGUGCCCUUGUGCAGUCUCCCCAGAUGGUUGCGGCGGUCGUCCGUACGAUGCAGAACACAAGCGACAUGGAAACGGCUCGAUGUGCGGCCGGCAUUCUGCACAACCUCUCACACCACCGGGAGGGCAUGCUUGCCAUAUUCAAGUCUGGUGGGAUCCCUGCCCUGGUCAGGAUGUUGAGCUCUCCGGUGGAAUCGAUUCUCUUCUACGCCAUCACGACUCUGCACAACCUGCUUCUUCAUCAGGAAGGAGCGAAGAUGGCCGUGCGCUUAGCUGACGGACUGCAGAGAAUGGUUCCUCUGCUGAAGAAGAGCAACGUCAAGUUCCUGGCUAUCACCACCGACUGCCUCCAACUGCUGGCCUACGGCAACCAAGAGAGCAAGCUGAUUAUCCUCAGCAACGCAGGCCCGGCUGCUCUUGUUCAGAUUAUGAGGACCUACAAUUAUGAGAAGCUCCUCUGGACGACGAGUCGUGUCCUCAAGGUUCUGUCGGUCUGCCCCAGCAACAAGCCUGCCAUCGUGGAGGCCGGUGGGAUGCAGACCCUGGGAUUUCACCUCGCCAGUAACAGCCCACGCUUGGUUCAGAACUGCCUGUGGACUUUGAGAAAUCUCUCCGAUGCUGCUACAAAACAGGAAGGAUUGGAAGGUCUCCUCUCUACGCUGGUCGAACUCCUCGGCUCGGAUGACAUUAACGUGCUGACCUGUGCCACCGGCAUCCUCUCCAACCUCACCUGCAACAACGCCAAAAACAAGAUGGUGGUUUGCCAGGUGAAUGGCAUCAAUGCUCUGGUCCACACCAUCCUGAGGGCAGGAGAGAAAGAGGACAUCACGGAGCCCGCUGUGUGUGCACUCAGGCAUCUCACCAGCAGGCAUCCGGAAGCAGAGAUGGCCCAGAACAGCAUACGCCUUAACUACGGUAUUCCUCCCAUCAUGAAACCGCUCAAUCAGCCCUUCCACUGGCCCCUGGUCAAGGCCACGGUGGGGCUGAUCCGGAAUCUGGCUCUUUGCCCUGGUAAUCACGCUCCCCUGCGAGAGAACAACGUGAUCCAGAGACUCAUGCAGCUGCUGGUGAAAGCUCAUCAGGACGCUCAGCGUCAGGCUUCCGGUGGGGGACAGCAGCAGUACAUGGAUGGAGUGAGGAUGGACGAGAUUGUUGAGGGCUGUACGGCGUUACACAUCCUCGCCCGCGAUCCACAGAACCGGGCCACCAUCCUCCAGCUAAACACUGUGCCGCUAUUUGUACAACUCCUGUACUCUAACGUUGAGAAUAUCCAGCGUGUGGCCACCGGGGUGCUGUGUGAGCUGGCACAGGAUCGGGAAGCAGCAGAAAUCAUCGACGAGGAAGGGGCCACAUCCCUGCUCACAGAUAUGCUUCACUCCAACAACGAGGGCAUCGCCACAUACGCUGCUGCUGUCUUGUUCCGUAUAUCUGAAGAUAAAUCCCCGGAUUACAGGAAAAGGUUGUCGGUUGAGUUGACCAGCACGCUCUUCAGGAAUGAUCCGGAAGCCUGGGAUGCGGCUGAACGUAUGAUGGCUGCACAGAACGAAUCAUACCAUGACGUAGAUGUUUACCAAACAACAAACUACGGGCCUGCUGACGAGCUGGAUCAGGAUGGCCAGGAUAUGGAUCCGGAAUUCGGGAUGGAUUUUCAAGGAAUACAUAUGGAUACGUACAACAACUUACAGUACCCCGCUUAGGCCACAUAUGUGUCCUUCUGUAAGAGCGUCUGACUGCAAAAGUGGAUGUUUCAGGACCGAUUGGGACGAGCGUGUUUAAUGGAGUGCGUGAGAGAGUCAUGUCAUGGCUAUGGGGUAAAGUGCCUAAUACGCAGUGACAAGCCUGUGGGAACAAUUAUCCAAAUCUCUUCAUGUGGGCGGGCCUAACAAACCAGAAUUUCGGUGCCGGAUGAUUUUUGGAGCUUGCACUCAUUCCACCUUUAUAUAAAGACUCGUCUGCCUUUUUAUAAACUGCUUCUAAUACAGGCUUUACAUUAAAAAAAGUAACCUUUUAUUUGAGAACCCGCCCCCACCCCCUCAUCUAUGUUCUGUAUAUUCAAAAUUGCGUUUUGCCAAAGUUUUAGAAAAAAAAACAUCAUCUAUAUACAGAUUUGAUUAUUUUAGCCUUUAGAGGUUUAGAUCGCAACUUACUCAAAACUAAAAUAAGUACUUUGUGGACUUAAGUUUUACCGGUUAACACAUUUGAUAACAUUGCCCAAGGUCUCUGUGACCUGUUUAAUUGUUAGUCGUCUGGAGUCACUAGAACAAUGAGGUCUGGAAAUCGGCCAAAAUUUUCAUUUCACUAAAUAUCGCGAAGGUUGUGUCCCAAUCUGCAACAUUCACUGCAAAGGAGAACAAGCGUGCUGGGGUGGGGUGGGGUNGGGGGGGAUUGCUGAGAUGCGGGUGUAGGGGAUGGGGCUACAGUAAAGUACCAAUAGAGCUCACUUCUCUCUGAUUCUUACUCUCUGAUUCUUGUGGGUGGCGUUUUGUGGAUUUUAUUCUGCUGUAACUUUUUUUAAAAAAAAUAAAUAGUUUCCUCUUAG